GUGGCAAUAGCGCUCCCGGCUGGCGGGUGCAUAGACAGCCCGGUACUGAGAUGAGCCACUGGCUUCUAUGAAAUUUCGGCUAAUGUGACGGCUGUGGGUUUAGGAGACCUGAACCACCAAGACGGAGAGAGGGGAGGCUGGUCGUGCUAGAGAGGGUUUGGAGACCAGUCUGGCGGGCACCGGGUGCCUAAUUUUUUAUGUGCUGGUCCCAGACACCGAGAAUUGAAAGACUCCUGCCCAAGAAUAUUUUUCCUUUAAUGAAAGGGAGCAUCGAAACAGUUAUCCUUUGUUGGAAUCAGUUUAGGUAGUGCAUCUAUCUGGUGUCUUGUCUGCGGUUUAGAAUUUUCAGCCAAAUAUUAAUGACUAGCAGUCGUCCAUAAAGCUCAGAGUAUUGGCUGUGCCCGGCUCCUAUAUCUUCUGUUCCCGACUGGCACCGACUAAUGACCCUCUCCUGGACCUGUUUGGCCAGGCGGACCCCUCAUCUCAGAGACUGUAAAAGGAUGAGUCGUUCUUUGUUUUGCAAACUGACUACAGUACCCAGUGGAGAGAACCUUCAAGAGUCCUCCUGUGUUAGACCCAAAACGUAUGUGCAGGAACCAGAGUACAGGACACAUCUUGUUCAGUGUCUUCAUGAGGAACAGAAGCCUUUUGUGGAUCCUAAGUCCAUGGAACUUGCAAACGUCAUCAGUUCCCUCCAGGACAUGGGUUUUGAUCAAGCUCAUAUUAAUAGCUUGCUCAAUGUACAGCCAUGUGUCCAUCCUCAACAGCUGCUGGACAUAAUUUCAGAAUUUCUACUCUUGGGAUUGCACCCAGAACCUUUAUUUAUGGUUUUGAAGAAAAGUCCACAGUUACUGAAACUGUCUCCAGUGCAGAUGAAGAAGCGGUCCAGUUACCUGCGGAAGCUCGGCCUUGGAGAAGGGAAACUGAAGAGAGUGCUCCACGGUUGCCCUGAGGUGUUCACCAUGCGCCAGCGGGACAUUGAUGGUAUUGUGAAGGUCCUCAAGGAGAGGUGCAUGUUCACAGCGCAGCAGAUCACUGAGCUUUUGCACAGGUGCCCAGGUGUUCUUCAGGCGGACCCCAGUGAACUAGAGUACAAAUUCCAGUAUGCAUAUUUUCGGAUGGGACUUAAGCAUCUGGACAUAGUCAAGAAUGAUUUCUUACAGUAUUCAAUAACCAAGAUCAAACAGAGACACAUGUACCUGGAACGCCUUGGACGGUACCAAACCCCUGAUAAGAAAGGACAGACACAGAUCCCUAACCCUUUACUGAAGGACAUUCUCAGGGUUUCUGAAGCUGAGUUUUUGGCCAGGACAGCACGUUCCUCUGCUGAGGAGUUUGAGGUUUUUAAAAAGCUCUUGGAUAGAGAAGAAGAAGAAUCUGAGAGCCAUGCAUCAGAGGAAGAGGAGGAGGAUGAAGAGGAGGAAGAUGAAGAGUAGCUGUGAUGGAGGAUGGGACAGAAGGGUCCAGAGAUGCCGGAGAUCAUUCCCAUAUUCUCAAAGCUUUGGGGCAAUCACCUGAAUCUUCAAGCAUUUUUCAUACUAACACUGCUCAUUUGAUAGAAAAAAGAAAAAAAAAAACUGUUAUGAUCCACUGGAGAUGUAGGUACAUCAAACCAGAUAGGAGAUGCUUUGUUGCAGUCUUGUGGCUUCUGUGGAGGCCCAUUGCAUCCUAAAUGAAGGACUCAGCUGUUAAAAUCCAGGGGAUGCCACCCAUCCAAGUUUGGUAUCUUUCUCUGUUGAAAUACAUUGGUGUUAAUUCUAAAAUCAUGUAGAGAAAGAGGUGCUUUGUGGCUCAAGAGCGCUGUGUGUUUCCUUGUAGUAAUAACGGUAAAAUCAUGAGAAUGUAACAUGAGGGUAGUAUGUCAUAACACUUUAUUUCAUGAAAACAAGUAGCAGAUUUUCCACAAAAUAGUCAUGUUUUUAAUCCGACAUUUCACGGCCCUCUAACGUAUUCAGUGUACAGCAGAGUGAAAGGCGUUGGUUAGUAAUGUGUUGAGUUUUGCAGUCUUCGGACUAGCAAAACAUUCUUCUCAUCUGUGAGAUGGUGACCCUUCCUGCUUGGGCAAGUUGGCCUUUAUGUGGCUAAUAGCCACUUCAAGGCCUGGUUCUGGCUCUUUAGCCUGUGCUGCCAGAGUGAACGGGCUCAGAACCAGCACUUCAGGGGCUGGGAGUGGUCUCUGAGGGACUUCCCUUCUGCCUUCUGUGUGAUAGAUGGGGAAGAACACAGCCCCCAGGUCUGAUUUUGGUUUGUUCUAGGGAUCUUUCAGAUACCCUGGCAUGGAUAUCAGCCUGGGGAGCAUGGUGAGUGUCUCAGAGUGCUGUUAAGUACUGGUGCUGGCAUGAAGUGAGCUCUGAGGAAAGACCUGGUUUGAUGGAGCUAAGGCUCAGAGGAUUGAGGCCUCCUAGAAAGUUGUCUGUGGCCCUUCCUCAGGAAAUCGCACAGGGUUGAUGAUGCAGAAAGCUUUUUUGAUGAUAGAGCCAAAAUCAGAAAUGCUUGGUAAUAUAUUUUUUCUACUUAGUGACAUUUAAUAGUCAUGUGAAAUUCCUCUAUGGGCCUUGUGUCUCCUAUAUAGACAGAACCCAAUGCUUAGAUGGGGAUGCCCUGAUUCUCAAGACAUCUGACAAUCUUUGGAGAUUUUUCUGUGUGUCAGGGCUCUGGGAUCUUGAGAGUAGAAUCCAGGGAUGCUGCAAAAUACCCUUCCUUGCAGUGCACAUGAAUGAUCAGGUCCACAAAGCAGUGUCCAAGCUGAGAAACUGCUCCAAGACCUGGCACAGUAAAGUACUGUGACUAUAACAAUUUUGAAUGGUAAAUGGGCUUGACAUAUUUACUUCUGUCUAAAGUAGAGAUCUUGCUGGAUAUGAGGUGUAUUUUGUGAGGAAUCAGCACCAAGGCAUGGAGGCUUUGGACUCACCUAAAGCCUGACUGCAAAGAGAAGAGCAUUCACAGAGAAAAGCCGUCAUCCCAGACUCCCAUCCAAUUAGAGCUCCCACUAUGGCAGGUCUGCGAGGCAGGCCAACCCCUGGCAAGGCCAUGUCUUUGCCUAUUGGACUCUCCACACAAAGUAAGACACAGCAAGCCGUCCUGUCUACCACCAACAGCCACAGACAAAGCUCUGUGAGAACAGUGAUGCUCGUUCUUUGCUGCUCACUCUUCUACUUUGGGGCACUGAAGUGGCCUCCACUUUCCCUGAAUGUAGGAUAUUUGGCCUUGGGCUCCAUCAGAGCUAAAUAGAAUGCUAACCCUGAGCUUAAUUAGGUGUCUGCUCAUCCCAUGUUUUGAUUAGCAAACGGUAAGCCCAACAAGUCAUGACUGCGUCUUCACUUUGACCCCAAAAUAAAUCUUUACACCUUGUCAA